UCUAUCCUUGCAGCGCACUUUCUCGCGCUUUCUUUUGCUUUCUUUCCGUUCUCUCUCGGACCAUCUCGCUCUUUCCUUCUGCCCACGCAUGCCCGUCCCUGUACCCCCUCGCACCCCCCACAAGCCGUCCCGGCCGUUCGUGUCGGCUUCCUAUCGGCCACCCGAAGAGGCCCACGACGGCCUUUUUCGACUCGUUCUCAUCACCAGCGGCAGCGUCGCCAGCAUCAAAGUUCCGGACAUUGUAGCGGCUUUGGCCAAGAACCGUGAUAUCGAUGUCCAGAUCGUCGCCACCAAAGCGUCUACUCAUUUCUAUAGCCAGAAUGACAUAGAUAGCUCCGUGAGAAAGUCGCUUCAACUCUCGGAUUCAGCGACCGGUGAUGUAGGAUACAAAGUAUGGACAGACACGGACGAAUGGUCAGAUUGGAGGAAAGUAGGAGACCCUAUACUGCAUAUAGAGCUGCGACGGUGGGCAGAUCUGGUUGUCGUGGCACCUUGCUCGGCCGACCUUCUUGCCAAAGUUGCUGGGGGUCUUUGCGACGACUUGGCCACGUCGCUGAUGCGCGCACUUUCUCCCUCCACACCGGUGGUGCUGUGCCCCGCCAUGAACACGCACAUGUACCAGCAUCGCCUGACGGCCAAGCAUCUUACUAUAGUCCAGGAUGAGCUGGGUUAUCUUGUAUCAGGUCCUCAAGGGGGUGGCCGUCUGGCUUGCGGAGAUGAUGGUCCUGGAAAGAUGACAGACUGGCGGGACAUCGUCUCCGUCAUUGAAGGUUUCGCGCACAUGUUCCACAACAAACAAGCGCCUUAUCAACCCACAUCUGUCGAAGGAGUCUCCCCAGCCUUGUCCUCGGACCCGUCGAAUCCUCUCCCUCGGCAAAACCCUCCCACACCAAACCGAUCCCCUUCGGGUUUGCGGUCAACUAAUCCUUUGCCAGAAACCGAGCCAGAGAAGGACACUGGGUGCAAGCCGGGAGAAUCAGCUGCUGUAAAGGAUUGGAGGGCGUUGUGUGGGCCUCAAGGAGGAGAUGGGCGGGUAUGGCAGAAAAGAUACUGGAUGGGAUGAGAGCAAAGACUUGUAUCAUGCUAUAAUUCGACGACAGGUGUUCUCUUUGAUGGCUCUGGUCUGGCAAUUCUCAGAGGUGACCUUGAAUGUUGUGCAAAAAGAUCAGGCGUGCUCUGUUUCGAUUGCUAUUUUGUACAUUUUACUUCUGACAACUUGUGUAUAUCUAUAAUCGUGACCUCCUUGGUACACUUUGAAUAUGCCGUCUCUCCCUUCUCCAUUCUCGACAGACCUACUCUCCCCUCUCCACCUCAGCAGACUUUUGGCUUCUCCUUAACAUCCCACCCUCCCGUUGUCCGCCGCUUUCCGGCAGCCGACCUCUUCUCCUCAACCGCCUUUAUCUCCGUCGCCCCCUCGCCUAGCGAUAUGCCCCCAGGAUAAGGAUCAUGGGGAAAUGGGUAUCCGUCGGCCCUGACGGACACCCUCUCAACCGCCGAGCUGGCUGCCGGAGGGAAAAAGUCGAAAGAUUCGUCCGCCAACUCUGGCAGGAUAUCCAGACCAGGGGUCAACGGUAGUGGAGGAGAGGGGAUGGAUGACACGGAUAUCAGGGAUGAUGAUCUCCGGCGCUGGUGAGGCAAGGGAGGGAUAUCACAGGUGGUUGUGGAGUGCCGACGCGUGGCGGCGGAAGCGAGCGCGGACGGAGGGUGGUCUCCCGCCGCGGCCGUUGUGGUGGUGGUUGUAUGAUGGUGAGGUUGCGGUGCGUGGUGCAAGCCGGACACAUGAUGGUGAUGGGAUGGGGGCAAGGAAUGGGAAUGGGCUGGGGGAGAUCGUGGUUGGGAGUGGGCAUGACGCCGAGGACGGGCUUGCUCAAGCGACUUGGCCCGCUUGAGCAGCGAGGGAGGGGUGGGUGUGGGAAGAGGUGUCAUUUUGAAAUGUAGGGGCUGGACGUAGGGGGGAGAAAGUUGGCACGAUGACAAGCAGAGGGAGUCGAGGUGCAGUCGGUCAUCGUCUGAAUGGCGCCUCUGCUGGUAGCCGGCGGGCACAGGGGUGGGAACGCGGUCGAUCAUAUGAGUGGUGGAAGUGAC